CAGCAUGGCAGCCACCGGACUAGCAGUGCUAUCAUCCAGCAGUACCGAAGAAGAAGAAAACUCGGCCGAAACUGUUGAAAAAACUAAAUCUUCGACACGUAAGACUUGUUAUAUGCACAUAUCUUCUGUGAAGCAUGAAAAAACACAGAAUUUCACCAGCAUACGAUGGAAUACUUACCGAAACAGCCUUCGGCAGUGGCUGGAGUUGAGGGGUGAGUGCAGAGACGUAUCCGAACAUUACAAACACUGUCCUGACUUGGAUUUUGAUAAAAUUCCAGAAGACGUGGCUUUCCAUCCCACAUGUUACCAGAGGUUCAUUGACAAGCGCGAAAUUGAAAGAGCAAAAAGGCGUCUCGUGCGAGAGAAAAAGCGGGGAGAUGAUAAACAAGACCCCCAGACCAGCGAGGCUAUCCCUGCAACAGUGACUGGCAUGACUCCGACAAGGAAACUUCAUUCCAGAUCAUGCCUGCCCAUCUCGAGCUCUGGCCCCGUCCUUCCUGCCAUCUGUAUAAUAUGCAAGAAAACCUGCAAAUAUGUCGUCAAGGCUGGCAGACGACAAAAAGAAGCUUUGUCAAAGACACAGACUUUAACCGCAGGCAAGUUGCAGGAAGCUGCUGAAGUAAAGGACGACCAUAGCAUUCUCGUUCACAUCAAGGACAAAGACUGUGUGGCUCUGUUUAUUUAUAUAUGUAUAUAAGUUUAUGCCAGUCAAUGUAUACUUGUUAUGAUUGUUUUUAUGUGUUGUAUAUAGUUGUGAGUGAAUAAAUGAACAAAUGAA